UAUGAAACAACAAUUUCUUAAACUUACUCCAAUUAAAUUAGGCUUGUUUAAUUUGGACAUAAUUUUCCUAUUAAUUGUUUUUAACUGUUACUCGAAAUUUUAACUUUAUCAUCUCAUUUAAUUUAUCAGAAUGGUUUCAAAAGAGAAUACAGUUUAUCAAAGUGUCUUAAUUUGUGAUUCCUUCCAUAAUUAUUUCGGUCCCAUAGGUGAACACUAUCCUUCCUGUUUGGUCCCAUUAAUCAACCGACCUGUUAUUGAAUAUGCUCUUGAUAGCCUUCGAGUCUCAGGCAUCCAGGAAGUUUAUAUUUUCGCUUCCACACAUGCUGAUUUAAUCCGGUCUUAUGUCAAUAAACAUUGGACUCCUCAGUGUAACGAAGAUUUCAACAUUUUUGUCUACUCUUCAGAUCAUUACUUCUCUCUGGGAGAAAUUUUGAGAGAUCUUUUUUCAAAAGCUGUUAUUAGAAAUGAUUUUGUGCUCAUUUAUGGUGACACCGUCUGUAAUUUACCAUUCAAACAAUAUCUUGAUGAUUUCAAAGCAUUACGAUUGAAAGACAAAUUAUGUGUAAUGGCUCAUCUAUUUCGGCUGUCAUCUCCUCUUCAUCGAACUAGAAGGAAGGACGAUGAAUCUAUUGCUGUUUUGCAAGCUUCAGACAAGAGAUUACUUUGUUAUGAAAAAAUUCAUCUCAAGAAAAUAGAUUUAGACUUACUACUUUUUCAAAAUAACAAGGAUGUGGAAGUGCAUUUCGAUCUCCAGGACACUCAUAUUUCGAUUUGCUCUCUUUCUGUUUUAUCCCUGUUUGCUGAUAAUUUUGAUUACCAAACAAGAGAUGAUUUUAUCAAGGGAAUCAUGGGUCAAGAAGAAAUUUUAGGAAAUACAAUUUAUGCCAAAAUAUUGGAUUCGCCUUAUUAUGCAGCCAGAGCUGUAAGUCCAAUAGCAUAUGAUGCUAUAUCUCGAGAUAUCCUUCAGCGAUGGACUUAUCCAAAUGUUCCUGAUCUUUUAAUGAAUUAUGCGUAUUUAAGAAAUCAUAUUUAUAAAGAAGGAAUCUCAAAUAUCACAGCAGGUUCAAUACUUUCAAGAAAUAUUGCCAUUGGAGACAAAACCGAAAUUGGAGCAAAUGUCGAAAUUCAUUACUCUGUCUUAGGAUCCAAUGUAAGAAUCGGAAAUAAUGUCAGAAUAGAAGGAGCGUAUAUUUGGGACAAUGUUAUAAUCGAGGAUAAUUGUACAAUAAAAACUUCAAUAAUUGGGAAAAACGUUAUUAUUAAAGCGUCAACAAAUAUAAAUAAUGGCUGUUUGAUUGCUGAUAAUGUAAUCCUAGGACCCAACGUAAAUAUUAAAGAAAUCUCUUAUAUCGAUUCAAAACAUCGGGAUGAAGACGACCCAGGCAUUCUUGAAGUCCUUCAGCAGAUUGAUGCUAAAAAUCUUGGAGAAAGUGCAAAAGGUUUUGUAUGGAUCGAUGAUGGAAGGGAAGAUGGUCAAGAGGAGUCUGAUGGUGGCUCAUUUUCACCCGAAAUUUGGGGUUUACCUCCAGAUGAAUCAGAGCAAGGAAUAUCAUCAGCUUCAAGCUCUGAAAAUGAGCAAAGUGACGAUGAAUACGAGUACGAUUAUAAGUUUGGCGAUGGAGAUGAUGGAGAUGAUCAAAAAAGGUACUAUGCUGAAGUGGUUGAUAGUUUAAUACGAGGAAUUGAAUGCAAAAUUGCGUGCGAAAAUUUAAUUGUAGAGAUUAAUGCUUCAAAACAUGCAUACAAUAUUCAAUACAAGGAUGUUGCUUUUUUGGUGAGCCGAGCUAUAAUUGAUGCUGUCUCCAAAUUAGCUAAUCAAGAAGGUAAAGCUACAGCUGGAAAAAUUAAGGAGAUGGUCAAACAUCUAUCACCCUUGUACGUCAAUUACAUAAGAGAUGAUCAGGGCAAAAUAGACUGUCUUAAAGCCAUGGAAGAGUUUACUGUAUCUGUCAUGAAUCAAUCUUCAUCCAUACCUAUUCUAGUACAUUUUAUAAGUUACCUUUAUGACGAUAGUGUGCUGGACGAAGACACCAUAAUUCGUUGGCAUCAAAGAAUGGAAAUUCUUUAUUCUCCAGUUUCCGAGAUAGAUCAAUACGUGAUCGAACAGAAAAGCCUGCGAUCUCAUGCAAUCAUGUUAAAAUUCAUUGAAUGGUUAAAAACAGCCGAAGAAGAAUCAGAAUCUGAUUGAUUGAAUGUUAAAUAUCUACAAAUAUCCAAAAUUUGUAUUACUAAUUUAAAUUUAUUAACACUUGCAUUUACAAUGCAUAAACAAAGCAUAUUUUUUUAAACAAAAGACCGAUUGGCUAAAAAUCGAGAAAUAAGAUUUCCAUAGAUAUUGUGAGAAAAAUUACAUCAAUUUUAAUUUAUUUUGAGAAUCGUACAUUUUUCAAAAAAAAAUUUGAUGACAAUAAGUCAGUAAAUUGAUUGGUACUGAGAAUUUCCAUGAUUGAAUGAUUGUUAAUUGACGAUUGUUUUUUUCGUAACCAAAGUUACCUAUUUUUCACAUUAAAAGGUGUCGUCAAAGUAUAAAA